GGCAGAGUGAGGAGACUCUGGGGAGACUGAAAGAGGGACAGAAAUAGUGAGAGAGUCAGACAGAAAGUAAGAAUAGAAAGGCAGUCGGUUUGAAUAGUGUUAGAGACAGAGAGAUAGAGAGAUGGUUGGAUGGCUGGAAAGGGAAAUUAUAAGAAAGGCAAAAAACUCGACCUCCUAAAGAGAUCGUAUGUCUGAGCGAGAGACGACAAGGAAUCGCUUGCCACAGUGGAAGUGCUCAAGUCUACUAGCAACGGGAACGACUACAACAACAACAAUAACAACAACAACAACAACAGCAUUAUCUCUAUCUGUAGUAGUAGUAGUAGUAGCAGCAACAGCAGCAGCAGCAGCAGCAGCAUCAACGACGGUAGCAGCAAGAGUAAGCAUGACCAUUCCUUCUACUGCUACCACUGCCAUCCUAACAUCUAUAGCACCCACUAGCUCUACCCACUGUGUCGUGCCAAUAACAGCUACGACAACCACAACAGGCGGCAGAGGUGUCUCUAUAAACGUCACACUUUUCCCGGAUAGAGUUUCUCCAAGAAAACCUGACAAAGACGAUGAUAAUCUUGAGGGAGAUGGCACUGGCGACCAGAAAGCCGGCUUGCUGUCUUACACUGAUUCUCAGACUUACAGUCCCGUAACUGCAACUACAACGUAUUUUCGUUAUGGCUUCUUCUUCGCAAAGUCGGCGGCUAUUGCUAGAAGGGAUGGACUUCGGCCGUUAACAGAUUUCUUGUUCUGGGCCUUACUGUUAGUUAUAUUGGAUAUCCCUAAAUGUGGACCUGUAGUCACGUGGGCGCGACCACUGCACCCGCCACCACCCGUUGACGGAAUGCUGCAGAAAAGGACAGAACAACUUAUUGGACAGCUGUCCCACUACGAGCUCGUCAUACCAACUCUAGUUAAUCGGAAAGGAGAGUUUCUUAGUUACAACCUGGAAAUUUCUGGUGAAGAACACGAGCCAUCAACAACAAACCGUAAAAAACGCCAAAUUUUUCAAGGCCCUGGUUCUGGACAUUUCUGGUCCAAUUAUUAUAUCCAUGAUCGUGUAUUCUACAAAUUGUCAGCCUAUGGCAAUGAUUUUCAUUUUAAUUUGACACUGAAUAAGAAACUGGUUUCCAGUAAUUUUGUUGUUGAAUACUGGGAUAAAUAUGGUGUUAAGAAGCAGCAUUUUGAUGUCCAUCGAUGUCAUUUUGAAGGCUUCAGCUACCAACCAUAUAAAUCAGAAGCUGCCUUAAGUAAUUGUCAUGGUCUGCAAGGUGUCUUUACAACAGCUGAAGAUAACUAUUUUGUGGAACCUUUGUGGAAUCAUACAAACGAUGUGGAACGAGAAGGGUAUCCUCAUAUUGUUUACAAGAAAUCUGCCUUGAAACUUCCUGGUGGAGCAGCUCAUUGUGGAGUGAAAGAUGUGGAAGACAAAAAAAAUCCUCAGCAUUCUGGGCAUAGUUCUGGCCAUCAUAAAUUUUCAAGGUUUGGCCCUCGUAGAUGGCGGAAAAAGAAGAGGUCAGUAAGUCGAGAGCAGAAUGUGGAAACUCUUGUGGUUGCUGAUAGAAUGAUGCUAAGUUACCAUGGGCUUCAUGAAAUUGAGCCUUACAUAUUGACCAUUAUGAAUAUUGUGGCCAAACUGUACCAUGAUGUGAGCAUCGGCAAUGCAGUGAAUAUCAUCGUCACAAGACUGGUUCUUCUAACUGAUGAACAGCCAAAUCUAAGCAUCACUCACCAUGCUGACCGAUCUUUGGGUAGUUUUUGUCGCUGGCAGAAGAUGAUUAAUUCUCCAAUCCAUUCCAAUGUAACUCAGCAGAAUAGAGGAAUUGCUCAUCAUGAUAAUGCUGUUCUUUUAACCAGGUAUGACAUCUGCACAUACAAAAACAAACCAUGUGCAACACUAGGCCUGGCACCAGUUGCAGGAAUGUGCGAAGAAGAAAGAAGCUGCAGUAUAAAUGAAGAUAUUGGUCUUGCCUCGGCUUACACCAUUGCACAUGAAAUUGGCCACAAUUUCGGGAUGCAGCAUGAUGGUGCUGGCAAUUUGUGUGGUACACCAGGACAUGAACGAGCUAAGAUCAUGGCAGCACAUCUGACGAAGGAGACAACACCAUUUCUGUGGUCAAGCUGUAGUCGAGAAUAUAUUACCAACUUUCUUGAUUCACGACGAGGUUAUUGUUUGGAAGAUGCUCCAAAAGAAAAAGAUUUUGAAUUCACUGAUGAGUUACCAGGGAGAAAUCAUAAUGUAGAUGAACAGUGUAAACUUCAAUUCUUCUCUAAGUCAACAGAAUGCAAACCUCUGGAGGUCUGUCAACAGCUGUGGUGUUUGAAUUCCAGUGGGAAAUGUGUCACCAAUGGUAUACCUGCUGCUGAUGGUUCUGAAUGCCAGAUGCCACGCAGACGGAAAAAGGGGUACUGUUAUCGAGGACAAUGUGUAAAAGAAGACUUUCGACCGCAGAGUGUCAAUGGUGGCUGGAGUGAGUGGACAUCCUGGACUAACUGUUCUCGUAUGUGUAAUGGGGGUGUUGAAUCCAGUGAGAAACACUGUAAUAACCCAAAACCCAAACAUGGUGGGAGAUAUUGUAUUGGAAGAAGGAAGAAGUACCGUUCUUGUAACACACAUGAUUGCCCUGCUGGUGAAACAGAUUUUCGAGAAAUCCAGUGUACCUCUUACAACAAUGUACCUUUCCGUGGUCGUUACUACACAUGGAAGCCAUUUACAGGCUCUCAUGUGAAACCAUGUGCACUAAACUGCUUAGCAAAUGGAUAUAACUUUUACACUGAACGUGCACCAAAGGUCAUUGAUGGUACUAGGUGUUUCCCAGACAAACUUGAUAUUUGCAUCAAUGGGGAAUGCUGGAAUGUUGGCUGUGAUCAUGUUCUUGGAUCUGCUGCAAAGGAAGAUAAAUGCCGAGUAUGUGGUGGAGAUGGAUCUACAUGUAAAACCAUAUCUGGUACUUUUGAUCAAAUCUUAACUCAGGGAGAUUACCAUGAAGUUGUAAGAAUUCCAAGAGGUGCUAUGAAUAUAAGAAUUGCUGAGAAAGCUGAAAGCAAGAAUUAUCUAGCACUAAAGAAUGAGGGCAGUGUCUAUUAUAUCAAUGGUGGGUGGACUAUAGAUUGGCCACGUAAGUUUGCAGUUGCUGGAACUAUUGUACAUUAUGAUCGACAUAAUGAUGAACCAGAAUCCUUUUAUGCCCUGGGACCUAUCCAGGAGAAUUUUGUUGUAAUGGUUUUGUUGCAAGAAGAAAACACUGGGAUUACUUAUGAAUAUAACGUACCAUUUGAGGCUAACAAGACCUCACAUGAUGUCACAAAAUAUUCAUGGAAACAUUCCAACUGGUCUGAAUGUUCAAAGACAUGUGGUAAAGGUCAGAGUGUUGCCACCCCUAUGUGUCGGAUGGAAGCAAAUGGUAUACCUGUGAAUGAAGCAUUGUGUUCUCCACAGCCAAAGCCUGGACAGCUAAACCAAUGGUGUAACUUACAGCCAUGCCCACCCCAGUGGAAAACUGGGAACUGGACUGAAUGUAGCCAGAGUUGUGGUGCUGGUGGCAUCAGAAAACGGUCAGUGAUAUGUGUCCAGUUUAUUGAUGACAAUGAAGAGGUGAUUCUGGAAGAUAAAGACUGUGCUAACACACAAGUACCUCCGCAAUCUCAAGAGUCUUGUAAUCAUAAAGUUUGUCCACCAAUAUGGCUGGCCUGGGAGUGGUCUGAGUGUGUACCAAAAUGUGGUCAAAAUCGGUUAAAGACAAGAGAGGUACGGUGUGUGUCCAGCAGUAGUCGCAGGAAUUUAGAUGAAAGUAUGUGUGACUCUAAAACUCGACUGCCCAGCCAAGCUUGGUGCGAGAUCAACAACUGUGAGCAAGCUCACUGGGAUCGUGGACCUUGGAGCCUGUGUUCAGUUUCUUGUGGUCCUGGGAAGAAACAUCGGACUGUGAAGUGUAGGACUUCAACAGGGAGUCCAAGUAAUAAGUGUGCUCGUCGAAGAAAACCCCCCUCUGUCCAGGAAUGUAAUACCCCAUGUCCCCACACAGAAGAAAAUAAAGAGGGAACUGAAGAGUGUGUGGACAAAUAUCAUGUAGCAUACUGCCCCCUAGUGGUGCAAUCACAGUACUGCAAUCGACCCUAUUUUCAAAGGCUUUGCUGUCGAGCAUGCCAGCUAGCUCAGAAUUCAAACCACUGAUGAGAAUGUAAGAAGAAUUUACAGCUUGUUUACCAAAUGUAUUUCUUUAAGAGAAUCAUGCCAAAGAACUGCAAUGCCUGUUGAUUCAUAUUCUUGAUUCCCUUCCAGUUGCUAUCAGCCUUUUGAGUGUUUUUUUUUCUUCUGUUACUUGUCGUUUAAUAUUGACUUUUUAGUUUCAUAUAGAUACUCAACAACUUGUUUUUUUUUUCUCAACCUCUCUCAAUCUUCCUUUCUAUAUUCCUAUUUCCCUUUCUUUCUUUCUAUAUUUCUUUCUUUCUUUCUUAACCUCUCAUUUUAUUUCUCUCUAAUUCAACUUCUGUAAUUCUCAGAUACUUUUUCCCCAAUCCUUCACUAUAUUCAAAGAUAAAGUGUCUAUUUAAGAUGUGCCAGUAUAGUCCUUCACAGUCUCGAUUACAUUUCAGUAAAAUACAAUACCUCUUCAUUA